AUAAUCUUCCGCCCCGUUUCUCCCUUUCCCGGUCUCUCUCCCGCUCCUCCAUCCGCUCACUCGCCAAUCACCAUCGGCCCCGCAUCCCAGAGUUCCUGACGCCCCAACGGCUACUGUUGCUAUGCUGUGCCGCCAUUCAAUGGCAACGACGCCCACGCGGCAAUCGCAGAGCGGCCUUGCAGUGCCGGCGCCGGUGUCGGUGCAGCACGUGGCGAAGGCGUCCUCGGACGAGCUGCUCCGCAAGUUCGCCGACCCGGAGGACGACGACGACAAGCCGCGGCACCCGGCGCCGCCACGCCGCAGCUUCAAGCGCUCGUCCAGGCGCGUGGCGUCGGGGCUGUCCGCGAGGGACUCCGGAUCCGCGGCGGGGACGGAGCUGGCCGCGCCCCCCAAGCGGCGCCGGAGCCUCGGCGGAUCCAGCGAGUGGCGGGCUGGGCUGCUGCUGCCCACUACAACCAAGGCCGGGUCUGCUGCUCGGAAAGGAAGCGCGGCCCGACGGGGCGGAGCUGCUCGGCUCGACGAGGCCGGCAUCGGCCUCCUCCUCGCCGCGCUGGAGCGGACGUGGAGGAAGACGGUGGCGGGGGCGUCCAAGAUGUUCGUGGAGAGGCACCGGACCAACCACGUGCAGCUCAUCAGCGACAUGGUCUGAUGGAGCUGGCUCUGAGCCGGCCCAUCAGGGCUCAGGCGACAAGCUAAGCUAGCUAGCUGCUCACCAUUUUCUGAUGUUCGUGGAGUAGUUUCUACGAAUCGAAUUCGUUUUCAUUCAUUGGGUCUUGGUAGGAUUUAGCGGAAUAAAAAUGGCAGAGAAGAAGGAAGCGAAUCGAACCUGCAGCUACGUCACGUUGCUCCGUGUGGUUCAGUUCAGCUUCUUGGUUUCCUACUGCCGUUGUGUGCUUGCUUGUGUUUUUAUUCCCUCCAAUGCGUCGAUGAAGCGUCGUCGGCGAGUACCGUGUUGUAAAUUCAAGUUUGCAAAUUUUCUACCAGGCAUAUAUGCUAGAUGGAUCUUCAUCUUCCAGUGUAUAUAUGUUUAGUUUGAUAGUUUCCUUAUGUUCCAGCUCGUACGUGCAGUUUUUUCCCAUGAUCAUGUGAAUCGUAGUAGAGGAGACAGAGAGGGGUCGUUGCCUGCCGAUGACAGGCGAGUCCACGGUGCCAGUGCUGUUGCGGGGAAUAGUCUCUUGUGAAGCUAAUUGAGCCUUAAAUUUGUGU